AUGUGUAUUGCCAGGACUGAUGGUAUUCUGUCAACACUGAUCCGCGUGGGAACCACCGCUACCAACACUGACAAGAGAUGGUAUGUCUUCGAUGGACCUGUGGAUGCAGUCUGGAUCGAGAACAUGAACACAGUGCUGGAUGACAAUAAAAAGCUGUGCCUCAGCAGUGGAGAGAUUAUCAAGCUGUCUGAGGUGAUCAUUAUAAUCUUGACAUUUAUCAGUCAACAUAAAAAAAGCAACACAUUUUUUUUUACUAAAAGCUUUAUAGGGCUUGGACAAUACAAAAAAAAUUUUUAUUAUGCUAUCAACCUAUUUUAUGUGUUGAGUGGACCAACUAUGAUGAUCUGAAAGGUUCCUGGCUCACACAACUUCGAGCCUGAAGGCUGUGUGGGAUAAAAGUAUUCUAAGUUAAAUCUGCUUAACUCACUUGGUUUCAGCUUUCCGCAAGGAUUGUGCCUUGUGUGUUCAAUAACAUCCAUAAACUAAAAUCUGUAAUUUUGUUUGUUAUUUUAUAUCACUUAACUGAAACAACCUUUAUAUCCUCUUUCAAACUGAUUGAUUUCAGCACAUGACAAUGAUGUUUGAAGUAGCAGAUUUA